AUCCGAACGGAGGCUCUUAGGGCUGGGCCGGCCGAGAUCCGGAAUAUGGGCUCCUCGCUCACCCGGCCGCUAGAGUACUCAGAUCCCUUCAAGCUCCCUGGUCCCCGUGACGGCGCCCUCCCCGUCAGCCCCACGGCCCCAGAUGCUGCGGAAGUGCCGUUAUCCCCGGCGCAAACCCCGGUAUUUAAAAGCUGCUGGAGCUGCCGCCUGCUGUCCGGGGCGGGGCUGCUAGGGGCGGGCGCGUACGUGUACUUGAUGGCGCGCAGGCCCAUGAAGCUGGGGAUCGCCCCGGGUCCCGGGACUAUUGCGACAAUGACCCUCGGCAUCUGCAUUGGCUGUUGGGGUAUAGUUAUCCUGACAGACCCCAAAGGCAAGGGCUACCGCGUUGCUUGAAGCACCACCAGUGAGUUCCUGUCCAUCCGUGGCCACUGACGCACAGAGCAAGCAUGAGCUUUUUGAAUGUUCAGGACAGACACACAGACGGAUAGACUGCGCUAGUUUGGAUGCUACUAGACUGAAUGGACAUUAAAACAUUGAUUGUCAUUCUUUGCCUGUGAGUAUGUGUGGCUUCUUUCGCAGGUUACCUGGGGACCAAUGAAUCCUGGGAAGAAAAUGGUCCUGUCUUAUCUGGACAAAGAAUAAUUUAGCUAUCCUUAAAUAGAAUUUAAAUUUGCAAUUCUUUAACUUUUGAAAUAGAAGAACUUGUAAACCAGUAGGGAGUUAGCUGUUUAAUUCAUUACAAAUAGUUCUUUUUCAUUCUCCUAUAAUUGGGUCAAUAAUUAUUAUCAACCUAAGCCUGGAAGAGGUAGACGUAACUAAAUGGGAAUGCUGUUGGUACUUUUCAAGGCAUUUACGGAUCAUCAGCUCAUGAGAGCUUCCCAGCCAGUCUGAUGUGUUAUCUCAUUAGCGGCUCUUGAGGCACAAAAGUCCGAGUGGCUUCUCAGUGAGCCAGUGGUAGAGAUGGGACUUGCCCUUGUCUGCGGCUCCUCUUCCAGAACAAGGGUGACCCCAAGACUUUAUGAAACAUUUACAAGCCCCAGUAUACAGUGAAGAUUUGAAGCUAAAGUGAGAGAAAUUCAGAAUAUAAUAAAAAGAGAAGACUUUUGUUCUAUUUUCUCGAGUACCCAAAAUGACUUGAUAAUGGACUUAUAGUGCUUUUGAGAUAAAGACUAAGAAUUAGUUCAUCUCUAAGAAAAACCAGUCUUUGAUACUAGGUUUUGUUUUUCUCACUAACUGGCUUCUCUGUAAAGGUGUAAGUGGCUCUUUUUUAAAAGCAGGAAGAUAAACUGUCCAGCUGUUUAAGAGUAAUUUCAGAGUGAUGUAUUGAGCAAGGAUUGCCUUUAAGGCUGAGCGCUUAACCCCUUAAAUUGAAAGGGAUCACAGACCAUCCAGAGCACACCACAUGUGGCCAUUCCCUACCGUACCUGUGAAAACACGUCUUCUGUUUUAGAAGGCAAAUUGUUCAGUUAGUGGACAGCUGCAAUCUGAAUGUUUUCUUAGAUUAAGCCCAAAACAGAGAAGCCUAACUUAACAUUCUUGGCUUGACCUACUAGAUAGAAUAGUUCUUCUUAAACUUAUAUGUAGGCAACCCUGGUGGGAUUGUGGGUUGGGUGUAGACCACUGUGAUAAAAUGAUGAAUAAUUUUUUUUUUUUUAAUUUCCUGAAGCAUACAAAAGUUACAUGUACGCUGUUGUGUAGGCUCAUAUGUACAAAUCAUGUCUGAAAGCAUUAAUGAAAAUACUACUAAAAAAAUGCAGAAAUCAUCUUGGCCUUCAGUAAGAGGUAAUCUUUUCGCCACUGAACGGUCUUGCCUUGUUAGUAGUUGCCGACAGUUGAAGGCGGUAAUUGCUGAAAAUUGGGGUGGCGGUAGCAAAUAGUAAAAGUAAGACAC